AUGCGUGAAAAGAUUUUGCUCGAAAAAACUACUCCAGACGAACGUCUUGGUUUGGGAAUAGCAAUUGAAAGCGAUGACAAUAGGGACUGGAAGCAAUCAAUUGUUGGAUGGAAUUUCAGUGUUCUAUCGAUACGUGUUGAACAGGUGGCAGCAAAUUCGGUUGCUCACAGAAGCGGAUUACGUGUGGGCGAUCGUAUUUGGUACAUAGCUGGCAAAGAUGUGCAUUCAUGCUCUCGUCAUAAAUGUCUCGCUCUCUUUCAUCAAGAUGCUACCAAAAUCCCGUUGAUCGUCUCUCGUCUCAAACCCCAAGAGGUCACCAUUCUAAACGUUUACAAGGUGAGCGACUCAGCCGUUGAAGUCAAAAUAGGUCAGGCAUUAAACACGGCAACGAAAAACUGUGAAGAGGGAGUGAACAACUGCAUAAAAAAUUGA